AUGAAUAGUUUAGCUAUGCGCUAUAAUAAUGGAGAAGGAACAGAAAAGAAUUUAGAAAAAGCCUUACAGUUAACUGUAUCAAAAAAAGCAGAAAAUGGUGAUGAGGAAGCAAUGUUUGAUUUAGCUAAUAGUUAUUAUAAUGGAAAAGGAACAGAAAAGAAUUUAGAAAAAGCCUUACAGUUGUAUCAAAAAAAGCAGAAAAUGGUGAUGAGGAAGCAAUGUUUGAUUUAG